GAGUCGUGGUGGUCAACCAAGAGCCAUAGGGGUCAACCAAGAAUCAUGGUGGUCAACCAAGAAUCAUGGAGGUCAACCAAGAAUCAUGGAGGUCAACCCAAGAUCAUGGAGGUCAACCAAGAGUUGUGGUGGUCAACCAGGAGUUGGGGGGUCAACCAAGAAUCAUGGAGGUCAACCAAGAGUCAUGGUGGUCAACCAAGUGUGGUCAUGGUCAAGCAAGAGCCAUAGGGGUCAACCAAGAAUCAUGGAGGUCAACCAAGAGUUGUGGUGGUCAACCAGGAGUUGGGGGGUCAACCAAGAAUCAUGGUGGUCAAUCAAGAGUCGUGAAGAUCAACCAAGAAUCAUGGUGGUCAAUCAAGAGUGGUCAUGGUCAACCAAAAGCCAUAGGGGUCAACCAGGAGUCCUGGUGGUCAACCCAGAGUUGUGGAGGCCAACCAAGAGUUGUGGUGGUCAACCAGGACUUGGGGGGUCCACCAAGAACCAUGGUGGUCAACCAAGAGUUCUGGAGGUCAACCAAGAGUUAUGGUGGUCAACCUGGAGUUGUGGUGGCCAACCAAGAGUCCUGGUGGUCAAUCAAGAGUUGUGGUGGCCAACCAAGAAUCAUGGCGGUCAAUCAAGAAUCAUGGUGGUCUACCAAGGAUGAUGGUCAACCAAGAGUUGUAGUCAACCAAAAGUCGUGGAGGUCAACCAAGAGUCAUGGUGGUCAACCAUAAGUCCUGGAUCUGAACCAAGAAUCUUGGGAAGAAGAUGCUGAGGUGCUCCUUGAAGCCAUGGAGAUGCCUCCAGUCAACUGGGAAGACCCAAAAAAAUCAUGGGCAGGUCCUGGUGAUGGUCCUGGAGAUGUUGCUGGAAGUCCUGGAGAUACCUCCAGUCAGUCAAGAGUCAUGGAGGUCAACUAAGAGUGGUGGGAAGAAGAUGUUAGGGUGCUCCCAGAAGUUCUUGAGAUGCCUCCACUCAACCAGAAUGUCCCAAAAAUCAUGGAAAUGAAAUUUUGGGGUGUUCCCAGAAGUUCUUGAGAUGCCUUCAGUCAACCAGAAUGUCCCAAAAAUUGUGGGAAUUAAAUUUUGGGGUGCUCCCAGAAGUUCUUGAGAUGCCUCCACUCAACCAGAAUGUCCCAAAAAUCAUGGAAAUGGAAAUUUGGGGUUCUCCCAGAAGUUCCUGAGAUGCCUCCAGUCAACCAGAAUGUCCCAAAAAUUGUGGGAAUUAAAUUUUGGGGUGUUCCCAGAAGUUCUUGAGAUGCCUCCACUCAACCAGAAUGUCCCAAAAAUCAUGGAAAUGGAAAUUUGGGGUUCUCCCAGAAGUUCCUGAGAUGCCUCCAGUCAACCAGAAUGUCCCAAAAAUUGUGGGAAUUAAAUUUUGGGGUGUUCCCAGAAGUUCUUGAGAUGCCUCCACUCAACCAGAAUGUCCCAAAAAUCAUGGAAAUGGAAAUUUGGGGUUCUCCCAGAAGUUCCUGAGAUGCCUCCAGUCAACCAGAAUGUCCCAAAAAUCAUGGAAAUGGAAAUUUGGGGUUCUCCCAGAAGUUCCUGAGAUGCCUCCAGUCAACCAGAAUGUCCCAAGAAUCAUCGGAAUGAAAUUUUGGGGUGCUCCUGGAAGUCCUUGAGAUGCCUCCACUCAAUUGGAAGAUGCCAUAAGUCAUGGGAACGGAAUUUUGGGUGCUCCCAGAAGUUCUUGAGAUGCCUCCACUCAACCAGAAGCUCCCAAAAAUCAUGGGAAUGAAAUUUUGGGGUGUUCCUGGAAGUUCCUGAGAUGCCUCCAGUCAACCAGAAGCUCCCAAAAAUCAUGGAAAUGGAAAUUUGGGGUGCUCCCAGAAGUUCCUGAGAUGCCUCCAGUCAACCAGAAGCUCCCAAAAAUCAUGGAAAUGAAAUUUUGGGGUGCUCCCAGAAGUUCCUGAGAUGCCUCCAACGCUGGGGACCCUCUCAGAAGAGACUUUGGGGUUCUCUCCAGCCCCUGGAGACCCCUCCCCACCAUGGGGCCCCCCCAAACCCCUCCCCAUGGGCCCCUCCCCCAAUUUUCCCCCCCCCAAAAAAAUGGGUCCAGCCCCUCCCCCCAUUUUUGGGCAGCAUUUUUGGGGCGUUUCCGGGUGUUUUUUGGGAUUUUAGGGUUUUGUAUUUUAAUUUAAAGGCGGCGCGAGCUCCGCCCACAAUAAAGACUCUGAUUGGUUCA